ACACGGAUGAACAUUGUGGACAUGGUUGUGAUCCAACACACAGUUUCAAUGGUCAGUGUAUUAAGCCCGGCCAAUCAUCUUCUACCAUUCCUCCAGCCGUUACUGAUAACACCGACACUACUGAUAACACUGAUAACACUGACACUAUUGAUAACACUGACACUACUGAUAACACUGACACUACUGAUAACACCACCGGUAACACUUGUGGAGGUGUUGUAUGUACUGCUGACUAUCCUUGUUGUAGUAAAUUUAAAUUUUGCGGAAGUACAGAUGAUUAUUGCGGGGAAGGUUGUGAUCCUGCGAGCAGCUUCAACAAUGAAUGUGUAAAUCCUAAUCAGUAA